AUGUCGGCGGGAUUCAGGAUAACACCAGCCCUAUGGGACAAGAUUCACCAUUUUGCGUCCUUUCCUCAGACGGGAGUGUCACUGCAGCAGAUGGUGUUGUUCGGUCAGAAUCCCAGUCAAGGGACGUUGUUGAAAGCGAGUCAGUUUCUAUCAGAGGAACUGCCUGUACGACUGGCACAUCGAGUAAAGGAACUCGACGAGCUACCGCACAAUUUGAGCGACAUGCCGUCCAUCAAGCGCGUGAAGAACUGGUAUGCCCAGUCGUUUGAGGAACUAAUAAACUUCCCGCACCCGCAACUCCCGCCUGAAAUCCGCCAAGCACUCAUCACCUCCCGAUCCGACGAACUCGCCCUCCCAGAAUCCAAACCAAACCCUUCCUUGAUAGAUACCAUCUACGGUUCCUCGCCUUCCAACGGUAAUGGAAAUGGGGGUAACGGUUUCAACAAGCUGAGGCUGAGAGUGCCUAUGGAGCGGAGAUACUACGCUAAUACCUCCAAUAUCACACAUUGGCCACCCGAAGUGCAAGACUACAACAAGCGAUUUACAAAGUUGCUGGAGCAUAUCAAGUCUAGACAUGACCCGACUGUUACCACCGUUGCUCAGGGGCGUUCGUUUCGCCUUCCCGCCUUCUUCGGCGUUCUGGGUGUGUUCUGGGCGUCUGGGCUCGGUUCAGUUCCCCUUCCUUCACUCUACUCCCGUUCCAUGGAUCCCUUUGUGAUAUGUGAAGAACAUGCGCUAACGGAACUAUCAAUUCCUUUCACUCUCCCUCAAUGUCUUCACGCUCCCUUACUUGGCUUCCUUUCGUUGUCCUUGACGCACGCUCUCGCCUCUCGCCUGCCACCAACUUUCUUGGUUACUGGACCCCGCCUGCCACGAACCGACUUGCUUUGCGUCCUCGAAUGGAAACGUUCCCAAAACGCACGACAUAUCGGGUUAGAUAUCCAAGCGUGGUUGGAUCGGUUUUAUAUGAGUCGGAUUGGGAUUCGGUUUUUGAUUGGGCAGCAUGUGGCGCUGAACACGCAACAAGCUCAUGAAGAUUAUGUGGGGAUUAUUUGUACGAAAGCUGUACGUGUUCCUCCUUCGCCUUCACCUUUCGACACGCUCUUUCAUUUUUUCGGCACUUCAUCGGCAAUUGAACCGCAUACUGACGAAACCGCUUUCUUAUUUCUUUUUCGUAUGCGACUCGUUGUGGUGGUGGUGGAUGUUAUCGUAAUGGACACCCUGGUUGUCGUGAUGCGCUCUCGUUAUCUCGACUCGACUCGACUCGGUCGUUGUGAUGUGUUUGGGAUCUGGUUUUGCCUUGAUCUCGGUGGUUAUGGUGCCAUUUCUCGAACCUUUUACACCUGCGCCGUAAUCUCCGGCUUGUGGAACGUGCACGACAUUGUGCAAGAAGCGAUUGAGAAUGCUCGAUUUGUGUGUGAAGAGCAUUAUGCGAUGUUCAAAGGGCCGCCUGUGCAGUUGAUUUGUCCACCUUCUUUGACAUUUGCUUAUGUUCCUGGCCAUUUAUCACAUAUCUGCUUCGAGCUUCUCAAGAACUCUUUACGAGCUGUUGUGGAACGGUAUGGUGUGGAUGCGGAGGACCAUUUCCCGCCUAUCAAGGUCAUCGUUGUAGAGGGAAAGGAGGAUAUCACGAUCAAGAUUAGUGAUGAGGGAGGUGGGAUUGCGAGGAGUGCGAUUCCGUUGAUUUGGACGUAUAUGUAUACGACUAUGGAGCACCAGACAAGUUUAGACGAAGACUUCCAAGCGAGCGAUUUCAAAGCUCCGAUGGCUGGGUUUGGAUAUGGGUUGCCUCUGAGUAGAUUGUACGCAAGAUAUUUCGGUGGCGACCUACGGUUAAUCGCGAUGGAUGGAUUUGGGACGGAUGUAUACAUCCACCUGAAUAGGUUGUCGAGUAGUAGAGAACCUCUACCUUGA